CGGCGGACGCGCCGGUACCGUGGUCUUUCGUUGCGCGCGAUUCGACACGAUACGAUCGUAAUUGGACGGAUUUCCGCCGCUCGAAUCUCGUCCCGGUGUGUUCUUCGUGGGAAUAGUCGGGGGAGUGUGACUUCGACUUCGAGAAGUGCGAUUCCUGACGCGGACGCCGCCGCCGCCGCCAGUGCGAGGAUACUCGAUAAUAGUGCUUGUGUGCCCGAAUGGGAUAUUGUAUCGUGAGAUUUUCCAGUGUGUGCAGCAAGUGAGGAUUUACCCUGGUGUUACUUGGAGCCGCGCGAUCCGAGCACCUGCGAUCGACGGUUCCCCUCCGCGUCUCGCUCUCGCUCGAACCCUCGACGGAGAUAUGUGGAGGUACGAGACGGUGCGCUUAAAAAGUGUACAAGUCCGCUAGUCUAAAGUCCGUCACGGAAUACUCAUUUUGCGCACGCUCCGCGCAUUCUUGUCGACCCGCGAUCGAAGGGAAACCGCGGAUCUGACCAUGCGAAUCUGCCGCGUGCAGAAUCGCUGACUGGAUCGUGUGAUCGACGCCGGCGAGCCGACGGGUAGCAGGCUUCGCCGCUCGCGCGACAAGUUCGCCGCCGUUCUCGCGUCUUCGUGGCGUCGGGCGACGGGCCGCUUACGGGGGAUCCACUAGCACCGCAUCGCUCAUCUCCGAGGGGAAGAUCCCGGAGAGAAAACCGAACCAAUGAACCGCCUGGCGAGCCGCGCUCCCGAGGUGAGAAACACGGGCUGGCUCCAUGGGACCGGCGCUACUUCGGACACCAUCGACAACGGCGCGCCGAGUGACGCGGAUCGUGUGUGAUCGCUCCGAUUUUGUGACACGCGACAAAUUCAGUGGCAAAUCGAAUCCGCGGUGAGAGCCGCCUUUUUCUCGAGCGUCAACGGACCGUCGAGGAAUUCCGUCGAGACUCGACCCGCUCCAGGAUACUCCGGGGGGGAUUCGCGUUGGGACCCCCGCGCGAUGACGGCGUGAUCGCGACGGCAGGAUCGCGCCCGAGGUAGGUGGGACAAGGAGGGGCCAGCGUCGCGACGUCGGGAUUUGCGGGCGGAAGAAUACCGGCCAAAGUGUGGAGUGUGGAUGUGGUGGAGGUGCGACAGUGGUGGAAGAAGUAGGUGGUUGUGGACGGCUGCAACGAGGUCGCGGGCGAAAGUGCAACGGGUGCUGUUGUGCCUCCUCGCGGUCCGUGGUUAUUGGUGCCGGUGGUGGUUGUCGGCCGAGUACGGGCGACCGUGCCUAAGUGACGGUGCCAGUCCGUCGUACGCCGUCGUUGUUACCAUGGUUUCCACGUCCUUCGUGACCCUGGUGUUCCUCGUGUGCCUGCAAACGGUACUACUGUCGACUGUGAGCAACUGCGCGAAGACGAUCAGCAUGUACUGGAACACCACCAAUUCCAUAUUUCGAAUAGACAACACAGAUCAUAUAAUUGACGUGAACAAAAACAACGCAAUGUUCGAGUACGAUCAAGUCAAUAUAAUAUGUCCUGUGUAUCCGCCGGACUCGUACGUCGAUGACGACGCUGAGAAGUACAUCAUCUACAACGUGUCCAAGGAGGAGUACGAGACAUGUCGGAUAACGAACCCGAGUCCGCGGGUAAUAGCGGUGUGCGACAAGCCGCGCAAAACGAUGUACUUCACCAUCACGUUCAGGCCGUUCACGCCGCAACCCGGGGGCCUCGAGUUCCUCCCGGGCCACGAUUACUACUUCAUCAGCACCUCGUCCAAGGACGAUCUUCACAGGCGCAUCGGCGGACGGUGCACCAGCCACAACAUGAAGGUCGUCUUCAAGGUCUGCUGCGGCAACGAUGCCGAGACCUCGUCGGCGACAUCGCGUAACAACUCCGUAGCCGUGACCAGCAGCACCGUGCCCAGCAGCAGCUCGACAAGCACCGCGGUUUUGGGCGGCGGAGCCGCCGGCGUGCCGCCCCCGCCGCCGCCGCCGAUCGUCUACAGGGGCGGAGAUCGAUUCUACCCGGGGGGCAGCAUUCAUCAUCAUCACGAUCAUCAUCAGACGGGCACGGCGGCGCCGACCCUGCCCCAUGUGCCCCCGCCGGCCGUCUACCCUGUGCAUCCGCUGCCGCCGAUUCACAAUGGACCGCCGUCCUCGAUCACGCCGACCAAGACCUCGACCGGUCAGAAGAAGAAGAACAAGGAGUAUUCGGACCAUCCGAACGAGGUAGUGAAGAACGAGGAGCUGACGUACAACGGCGCAAGCUCGUACGCUCGUACGCAAGCCCGGUACGCGCAGAGCCUGAUCCUGGCGACAGGCAGCCUGCUGAUGAGCGCGUUGCUGCAGCAGCUGCUGCGGUGAAGCGACAGUACUGGCCACGUACGAGAACGUCGUAUAUCCCAUGCGUCGAAACCCCUUCUUCUGUGAUUAUCCUACGUUUAAUUGAUUUCUUGAGAGGCGCGCGAGACACACACGCGCGUACCUCGGCCGUCCCUCGAUCGUAGUGAGACACGCGCGAUCCAUGGUCGCGCCGACUCGAGAGAUAGUAGAGAAGACCGAGAAGAGAACGAGAAAGAGAGAGAGAGAGAAAAAAAAGACGAAGAUGAAGAGACGAGAACGAGAGAAGAAGAGACAUGCACGACACACGAGCGGCAACGCCAUAUUAACUACAAUUAGGAGCUCGAAGUUUUAGGGUGAAGAAAAACCGUAAGACGAGGAAAGCCGAGGGUAGGACGGGAAAUAGGAAAAGACGGAAAAAGAAGCGCUACUACUAGACACUACUUAUAGUACACGCCCACUAUUAUCACUACUAUAAAUGGUAGUCGUAUUGGUUGUCCUUCUUAUCAUUACGCUAACUGUAGGUAUUUAUUCGAAUAUGAGAGAAAGAGAGAAAGAAAGAUGUGAGCGGGAGUCGUGGCAGCGUGCUAAGUAUCCUCGACCGAGAGCGAGAAGUGUACGCGAGAGAAGGACAUCUAUUAUAUAUUAGUAUAGCAGGGCUAUGUACGCGAGAAUAACGUCAUUGAUUCGAGCGAAUCCUUAAAUUGAAGGAAAAAAAAAAAAUACCGCGUGGGCUCGGCCAUCGACGACGAACGGUCCUUCGUUAAGGGGUCCUCGCUCGGGGCCGGCAAGGAAAUUAGUUUGUCCUGAGCGCGAUCACGCCGCGAGCGCGCCGUGCCUCUCCGAGAAAAAGAGUACCUGAAAAUCCUUGAAUGCUUUCGGUUCGCGGCCAAGGCGGUGGUAAACAGCUCCGGCGGCGAGCGAUCGCGAUCCUCAAUCGCGAGCGGCUCCCUCGUGGAGAUACUUGGACACUCGAAGUCGCGUCGACGCGACGCGCGCCGUAGUUCCUCGAUGAUUCGAGACGGUCUGUAGCGGGCGGGGAGGGCUCGAAGAGUCAGGGAGGAAUCGUCUGGGGAUUAAUCGUGUCUCUCGCGCGGCGUUUUAAAGUUCGGGCCGAUCGCCGCGGCCGCCCGGCCAAUCGCAGGACGCCGAGGACGAAGGAUCAUUCGAGUUCGCAUGCGAGAUCGCGAGUAUAGGAUAGUUAGCACGCGUGUAAAUAAAUUCCUAAUGAAUAUGUACAAGUGGCUCUUGCGGCCUCGCCUCGUAUGCCGACGGGCAACAGGGAGCCGUGGAGAGAUUUAAGAAAGAGUGCCGUAUUUCUAGGUAAAUCUUAUAAUAUGAAAAGAUGAAGAGAGAGAGAGUGAGCGCGAGAGAGAAUGUAUCAGAGAGAAAGUAUUGAGCAUGUGUGUGAAUUAUGUGACUAUAAUAUGAGCAUAUGUGCUCAUCGAACAAAUCGACACGAGCCACGAACUUAUGCGAAUUUCUGCCACUGCGAACAGGUCUAAUUGCAUCGUUGUCACGAGUCAACGAUAGCGUAUAGUAUCGUUGAUUCGAGCCGUUUUGGGUAAGGAAAGUAGCGUAGAAAAAGAAAAUGCGAGCGAGCGAGAAUAGAGAAUAAUUGUGCGAGAGAGACUGAGUCGCGCGAAAUCGAGUAAAAGACAAGAUUUGUAUAAUAGCUGUACCAUACUGAGACUUCUAUCUAUAGAUCUGUAUUAUAUUUAUUAUCCGCUAUCAUUAACGCUAACGAAUAUUCAACACUCGAUAUUCUAUAUUUGCUAGUGAAAUAUCAAAUUUAAUAGCGAACAAAUUAACGUACUGCCCGGCACCGGGGGCGAAGCGGUGAUCGCGGCACGAACGAGCCCCCGGAGCUAAACACCCGCCCCUCAUCCCUUGUUGUUUCCCUCGUUCUUGAUUUCGUUCCAGAGUAUUGUACACGAAUUCACGUUUCUGUUUUCACACACACAUAUGGUGUUUAAUCAGUUCGAUCAUGUUUCCGAUUUAUUGAUUGAUCCUUUUCUACGUUUCCCCUUUUUUCUUAUUAUUCUAUUUAUUAUUUACAUUGCCAGGGAAAAAAGAGACUUGCGCGUGUACACGUUUCAUGCAUACACACUCGCGGAUUCACCUUUCGCGUGACGCCCACGCGUGCGUGCGUGCGUGCGUGGCCGCGCGGCACGCAAGGGCCGAAAGACGAAGCAGUGAGUAAAUUUUCGUUCGUGUCCACGGAAACAUACAAUUGCGAGAGCGCGACUGCACUAACGAAUUAUUGUAAAUACGAAUUUACGCGAGAAAUGAGUACCGUAGCGAGAGACGAGAGGUUGCGUGAUUGCGUGUAUGCGUGUAUGAGAGAAAGAGAGAAAAGGCAUCCCUAUUCAGAAUCUUUAAGUAGCGAAAUGAGAAUCCUUACGUUGAAGACCGCUCGACAUCGGGCCUCGAAAGUUCGCUUUCGGAAGUUCAUUCGUAGUUCAUUCGUCGUCUACGAUCACGAGAGCAGCGGAAUACACUGCAAUCAGCGGAGAACAAUACGUUCGCGAAUAAAUGAAAGUUCAGCAGCGGUAUUGUAAGCCUGAGCGUCACGCGCCAUCCGUCAUUGGUUUGUAUUUUUUACUUCUGUUCUGUUGCUGCAACAGCAAUUAGCGACGAGCGAGAGCUGGUUGACGCAAUCUUUCAUGGUUCCAAUCGAUUCGAAGCUUCACAUGUCUCGUUUAGAUGAGCGACGUUAAGUAAGAUAUGUAUUCGCAGACAAUCAUUAUUUGGAACUUGUCAGAUUAGUGACUUAUUUAUAGAUAAUAUGAACAUUUAUUCCCGAUACCUCUGGUUGAAAUGUGCUGAUGCAAUUAUCGCGGUAUCGUAAUUAUCGUAUUCAUCUUCAAUCAUAUUUUAUUCAAUCAUAGUUUAUUAAUAAUAUAUUGUAUGGGUACCGCGAAAGUUCGUGUCGUUUUUUCCCUGAAAAUGAAACAGAAAUUUUGUACAAAGGAGUCUAUUCAAGAGGUAUUGGCCGUUUUGAUCAAUGAUCUUUUGCCAUUUUUCUGAUAAUUUCAUAAUCCCGCUCGUGUUGAAGCCCCGGGAUUUCUGGGCAAUAUCUCCUGAAAAAACGACUCGAACUUUCCGCGAUAUCCAUGUAUAUAAAUAUAUAUGUUAAUUGUUGCAUCUCGAUAGUUCUUUAGAUAUUUAUAAUAUUUGAGCUAUAAAUAUUUGUGAAUAUCGAGAGUACUUCGGCACUUUCCAACCACCAGGGUUGUCACGUAGAUACGUAACGGUUUUACGGAACCACCGGAUUUCACUUUUUUGCGCACGGAUGCGCUCGCUCGUUGCACCACAGUUGCAUUAUUGGAAAUCGUGAAAGUGUCACGAGACGGUCGAUCGCGCGAGUGGAGAUCGAAUUUACUUUAAGUUCCGGCGUAGGAUAACGAAGGAAUACGAACGCCGCUCGAUCGAUCGUUUCGCACGCGAAGGACGAGAGGGUGUACGUGUGGAUUCACGGUGUGAUAUCACGCUGGGUACUCAUUCGCGCGGAAACGGAUAUAAGUGAAUACGUUAUAACAAUAAUAUAGACUCGAAUUAUUCGACAUAGAAAAUAGACAAGGUCGCUCACUGCAAACUCAUCCCUCUUUUUUUUAUUUUGUUACUAUCCCCUCUUUUUCGUUUCCGUCAUCCAUCCAUCCAUCCAUCCAUCACACACGUCCGCGCACCGUUAUACAACCCACGGAGACCCGUGCCGCAGACCGCGAGACGUGAGGCGUCCUGCUGCCCCGACGAGGAAAAGAAAAAGUAUUUUUUUAACAGCAGAUAGAGAGAACGCAUCUGCGGUGGGUUUGUUUGUUCAGAGAAACGUAUGUAAAUAGAUGUAACGUGCGUGUAACGCGAGAGGAUUCGAACGCGCCGCCUGUAUUAACGAGUCAGAUCUAUAUUUCGGUCCGCGCGCGAUCCGCGGCGGACCCGUCGAUGCGAUAAUUUAAACGCGUGUAAAUAAACGUCCGAGGUAGGAUUAAAAGAAAAAAAAAAGAAAGAAAAGAAAAAAAGAAGGGAAAAACGAGAACAGGAUACGCUUCACGUCCAUCCCGAGGAGGUCUGAGUUCCCGUCUGCUAUUACGUUCGGUAAUGCCACUUCACUUACGUAAUCAUCCACUCGUGUGCGUGUGCAAGAGAACAAGAAAGGAUGCGAGGCUCGCGCGCGCGCGCGCGCGCGGCUGUCUCUCCGCAGCGAGAGGGGCACGCCGCGCGCGUUCUCACGCGUCAAAAGAAAAAAAGGCGAAAAAAAAAGGAAGAAAUAAGAAAGACUUGUUUCUCUCUUCUCGAGAUCGAGGGGUAAAAUAUAUCCGCCGCGCUGACAAGCCACACGGCCGCGCGGUUUUGUAAUGAAUUAAUUAAUUAAUUAAACGAGAGAGUUAAAAGGGGGAAAUAAAGCGAAUUUCGAAAUAGACACGCGCGUUCACUGUAAAUAGACAAAUUAAACGGAUUAAAUAAGCGGUAAACACGAUGAAAUUUAUAUUAAAGUGCAUAGCGAAUACGAGAUAGGUUUCUAAUAACGGUUUAUUAUAAAAAUAAAAAAAAAUGUGAAUGUAUGUUGAUGUCUAAGAUUUUUAACGGAGGACGGAGGACGCAGAGCGGUUAAUUGUAAACUACGAUUACACUAUUCCGUAACCGAAGUACGCGAGUACUAAUUAAACGGGAAAGCAGGCUCAGAGAGAAAGAGAGAGAGAAAGGGCGGAGCAACACUUAGCCGAAUCGUGAUUUCUCACGUUGCAUAUAUUAUUUUGUAACCGGAGCGUACAGGACCCAUACAUACACUCUCGACAUCACGGCUAGCAUACGCGGCACAAACUUUGUCGCGAAACGACGAGAAACUCGUUUCGAGUCGCCAGAAGAAGGCUAAAGAAAUUUUAAUUAACACAUAACUAAUCAGGGGGGAAAAAAAUUCCGCUAAAAAGCGGCAGAUGAAAUAAUAUUUUAUUUAGCUUUCCUUUCGAGACGCCGGUCUCGAUAUACAUCGAUCCGUAUAGAUCUCAAUCAAUUUCGCUUCGAAUUCCGAUCGGGGCUGUCCGGCGCGUUUUUAAUAGCGACUGAUCCGUUUUUGCGACACUCUUCAAUCGCACCGGACGAUUGUUCUGUAUGACGAGCCGCGGCGCGUUCCGUGAUUAAUGAGACGCGACGUCCGCGCGCGCUGCGUACAUUUGGAACAUUAAUUAAAAAUCUCGCCGCGAUGCUCUACGAUGAUCAGGCACGAGGCUCGUUAACGAGCUCGUCGUUGUUUUCGUGCGCGGCUCGUCGGCCGCCGCGUAUGGUACCCUUGGAACGGGACCUUAUAGAUUGCGUGUGUUCACCAGUAUGCACAUUCAGUACCAGUCGUUCAUUACGAAGCAUUACAGGAUACAAUACAAAGUAGCGUAGCGUUCAUAACGGUAGUCCACUAUAGCGAAAUAGUAUUUAAACGAGCAGCCGCCGGUUGCAAAAAAAAAAAGAGAGAAGGAAGAAAACAGGAGAACCGCCAUAAUCAACGCCGAGAGAAAGAGAUCGCAAAUAGGCAGCGCGUGGGGAAAAGGGGAAAUGACCGUAAACGAAUUGUUUUUUUUUUUCGUGUACAGGGCAAACGUGACAAGCGGACGCAAGGCAUAUUACGCACAUCGCGUAGUAGAUACGGGGAGAGACGAUCGCGGAAACUGCGCGAGAAAGAUUGCACACGCGUGAUAUAGGGGGAGGGGGACGAGAGGGAAGGAAUGGGAUAGAAGGGGCGAGAAAGGGAAAGGACAAGAAAAAGCGCGUGGGAGGUAAGGGUGAAGCACACGGUAUAUCUAAAAGAGCCGCGUUCGUGUAAAAACGACGGCGUGCGACGUGGAUGCGUGAAAGAACGAGGGGGCAGAAGCGAGGCGCAAGAGGAUGUACGUGGUCCUACGCGAGGGAGCGCGGGCUCGUCGGUGUUACACAAUUUAUGUAGGUAUAUUCUAUAUGUAUGUCGAUAUAUAGCGAAGUAUAUAUCGAUGGCAAACGAAAGUAAUUUAAAAAGAGUGGAUGGAAGAGAUGGAAGAGGUAUCGUGCGUCGGGCCGGGAAGGGGAGGACUAGGUGUAUCGUAUAUUUUCUUUCGCGGUUACCUCGCGCGAAUCAUCCGUUUCCUCGGGAAAGUCGGGAGGAACAGGACGGUCCGGAAUAGAGGGUGGGAGGGCAGGGGGCAACUCGCCGAGUUCGGUCUUGUCGUCGGAAUGCGUGUCGAUCGCGUCGAUUUUUCACAUUAAAAACAAAAAAAAUCUCGACUUUCGUCUGCUUUCAGCGAAUCUCCCGGAAAUCUGUUUGCCGCGACGAGCGUCGAACCGAAAUUCCAUAUAGCUUCGGCGAUCGAGAGGGAAAACGCGUGCGAUAUUUAUCUUUCGAUUUAAUAAAGGCUGAUUGCACUUGGCUGGUAGUACUCUUGUAUUCUUACGGUGAAUUUAGUUGCAUUAAAGUCGGAAAGCGGAUCGUCCUAACUUAUACGAUCCUGCUGUUAGUACAAAAGACACGGUUGAUGCACGAGAUAUGCGCGAUCUACUCCACUUGCGUCGUAUAAAUCGCGGGCAAGCAACAUUCAACAACUGAUUAAUCACUUCGGUAAAACGUAUAUUCUAGUCUGUUCUUCUCUAUUUUAAUCGCGCGUUUAAUUGCAAUAAGAGAAAAGCAAUUUCUUUGAAACGAGACAUUACGUUAUAUAAUAUAUGAAAAAAAAAAGAGAUCUUUCGCAUUCUGUCACUCGUGAUUUACAUUCGAGGAUGUUAAUAACUAUACAUAUCGGUCUCGGACGCAGUUAAAAGCUUCAUCGACGUAAAAAGACACUUGGUUCCUAAAUUCUACUACAUUCGCGCUCCCUUCCUGUUUUAAUUGAAUCGUUCAAAGCUGACCUGAUUAUGUCGCGCCAUAAAAAAAGAGUGGCCUAAGAAUUUUCAUCUAAAAAAUAUAUUUCGAUUUAAUAUUCCUAUAUUGUUGCUAAAUCUAUAACUAAAGAACAUUGUUGAUACAAAAACUCAUAAAUAAUUUUUUUUUAAUAGUGUAAAUCUAAUAUAUUUUUCAUUCGUACGUAUAUAUACAUUGCAUGAAAUAUAAUCGAGCAAAACGACUAUCUCGAAAAGUAAUUCCCGAAAUAAACUGCCAUAUUUAACGAUUACCGUCAAUUUCCGAUUCAAUAUUUAAUACGUUGCCAGCAGGAAAAAAAAAGACGGAUAAAAUCGGAAACAAUGUAGACAAAAAAGAUCCAGACAAAAAGACCAAUAAUUUUCAGUACAUCCGAAGAAUGAAAAAUAAAAAUAAAAGAGUAGAACACGUUUCAACGAUUUCGACAGGUAUUACUAGUAUCCUGUUUUAUAAACAACGAAUUUUUUCCGCCUCAAUUCGUUUCCGCCGAAGGCUAUACAAUAUUCUUUACAUCCAAGGAUUAUGGCUGUAUCGAUAAACUAAAAAAAAAGCGCGAUAUCGCGAUAUCGUCUUGAUAAUUUUAGGUUCGCUUAUUAGCAAUAAUUGACAGUGGAUAUUCUCCGCACACGCAAGCUACUUUCUCCUUCUAUUUUGCUUUGUACAAACACGAGGCAGGCAAACACAAGACUCGCUUUAUUCGUGUUAGCGUAUAAUUGACAUCAGUCGAACGUAAAUCGUUAUCGCACCGUUCAAGUGUUUUUCUAUAUGUGAAAAGUCUCUCAGACUGUUAUGUAAGAAAUCGUACACACAAUCGUAAGCAAGAAAUAAGGUAACCGCGGUGAGAAUUGCGCGUUUUUAACGCGUAAUGAUUUAGUCUUUCCUUGCGUUGAAUUUAUCCGACGAAAAUUCGGUUGCCUGGAGGGGUUACGUUACAACGCGCAUUUGACAUAUGUAUAUAUGUAUUUUGCGAAACGACGAAUUUCGCGAGGCUAACACGGCGGGAUGUGAAUGUUAACCAUCCUCUCGGAGUAACACCAUAUCUAUAGCAUGCAACGAGCGUCAAUUGCAUAUUACCAAAGACGCGUCUCUUUCCUCCCCUGCGGUCGUUGCAACUCUUCCGUCGCGUCUUCUCGGCGACGGAGGGAAAAACCGUCCGGGGGGACGCGAUCGAGUCGAACGGAGUUGGGCGAGAUUAGUAUUUUCCGAUAGCAAUAAAACGAUCGUUUUCGACUUUCGUGCAAUAAAGCGCAACAAUAUCCGUCGGCCGCAGGCCGAUCCGUGUUAGAAAGGAAAAAGCGUAUUUCGUUGCGACAAGCGGAAUAAUAAUAGUGAUUUAUCGACCAGAGGGGAAAACGGAGGAGCGCGCGCGUCCGCCCAACUCCGCUCUCCGCGCGCGGAGGAAAGAGCGUCGUCGGGUUCAAGCGGUUUUGUCAAACGCGAGGCUCAUUUAUUAUUAGAUCCUAGAUUAAAGGCGACUCUUUGAUACUUUGAUAAAUCUGGCUGGUCUCCAAGGCGAGAGAAUUUACGAGGGAGAGAAGAGACUGGCAAUCAGCGCGAAGACCCCGCGCGCGCGAACAGCAAAAGGCAGGAGAGAAAAAGAGAAGAGGCGCCACGCCUGUCGCGCGGAGCGCCGUCAAUUUACACACGUAUCAGCCGCGUCAAAGGCCGAACAAUUAAAUGAGACAGCAAGGCAAGGAUGGAGGGAAGAAUUAAAAAAAAAAAAAAAAAAGAGAGAAAGACCCAAAUGUGCGGCGGGAAAAAAGAGAAGUGAACAAGAUCCGCCGAAUCUGCCUCCUCCCCCCUAUCCCUACCACAGAAUCCGCUUCGCGAAAAUUAAUGCCGGCCUGGAGAGAAACAGGGAGAGAUUUAAUCGAGCGUAUUUUUGCGGAAGACGAUGUCGCUUGAGGACCCUUAAAAGAAAAACGCACCGAACAGCACCCUCACGGCCUGGAGAGAAGGAGAGAGAGAGAAAAAGAGCGCGGAACGACUUCGGUUAAAAAAAAAAAGAAAAAAGAAACGACACGACGGAAGGGUGGUGUGCCCCCAAUUAAGGAUGGCCUAUAUAUCGCACUCGUUUGAAAACUUAUCGCAAGAAUGCACAAGAAGUAGCGUACACUCGCUGUACUACUGUUUGUUGACUCGAAUAAAUAUGCGGAUUAAAGUCGGUUUGGUUUAUAUGUACACGGUGAGUCCAAGAUUCGCGCGAGCGGAACGCUGGCGAACGUUCGGACGACGGUGGUCGGGGAUUGUGUCUCGCGAAGAAUGUUAUAUUUAACCUGCGGAGCGUCGAGUCGGGAAUAAAAUGAAGACGCGGAAGGACCCGUUCCCGGACGGGCGCGAGCGUUCCAUGCGGCGAUAUUGUUAUUAUACGAAUGUACUCAAGACGGCAUGGUAUACAAGACUAAAACAAGACCUAAAAUAGGGACAUAAUAUUUUAUAACUCAACUUUUGUACAGAAUAAAUACUUGUACUGUGGA